AUGGCCUCCGGCGACCAUGGAAAGCCUGAAGGCGAGAUCCUGCCUCCUGGCACUACCAGACUCAUCGACUUAGACGGCUCUGUCAUCGGUCAACAUGCAACCGGUUCAGAUGAGGCAGAUAUCAUCCUCGUUCCCCGGCCAUCUGAGGACCCGGAAGAUCCGCUCAAUUGGACCAGAAAGCGAAAGCUUCUUGCUACGUCUUGUGUCGUCCUGUACACUAUCAUGAUCGCUAUUCCCAGUAGUGCGGUGUACUCCGUUGUUACUCCAAUUCGAAAGGCGACUGGUCUGUCUCUUGAAGACAUUAACAACGGAACGGGCAUCAUGUUCCUAUUCUACGGCUGGGGAUGCAUUAUUUGGCAACCUCUCGCUCUUCAAUACGGCAAAAGACCAGCCUAUCUAGCGUCUUUAGUCGCGAAUAUUAUUAUUCUUGCUACUGCGCCAAUGUGCACGACGAAACACACCUACCUCGCGAAUCGAAUCCUACUGGGUCUAUUUGGAGCACCAGUGGAAUCUCUGUGUGAGAUAUCCAUCACCGAUAUUUGGUUCGCCCAUCAGCGCCCGAAGUAUCUUGCGCUCUACGGCUGGGGUCUCUCGUUGACCGGCAAGCUCGCCCCGAUGCUUUCGGGCUUCAUCAACGUCGGCAUGGGAUGGAAAUGGACACUGUGGUGGUGCUCGAUCUUCAACGGCAUAGCUCUUGUUUAUUGUUUCUUGUUCAUGGAAGAGACCAACUAUGACAGAGCUCCAAGGCCAGCGGACCAUGGUGAAGCUUUGGUAACUGAGAGUCGAGCAACCGAGUCGCCUACUGGCGAGAGUGAAACAAAGGUCGCGAACGUGACCGACAAGCAGGAUCUCUCGACCGCCAAUCCUACUGAUAGCGAGACUGGGCAAGUCAUCUACCCCCGAAAAACUUUCAUUCAAAAGCUCGGCAUCAAGGACAAGCGUAGGCCCAACCGGAUGUUGGAUAUUGCGCUCGGCUCUAUGAGAGGUUUCACCUACCCUUCUGUGGUCUAUGCUGGACUGAUGUACGGGGCAAACAACCUGGUAUGGUCAGGUGUUCAAAAUGCAACUGCCGGAACGGUGUACACCACCAUGUAUGGCUUUUCCACUGCUGGCGUUGCUGCUGCGUACGCAGGUGGUGUUCUAGGCACGAUCGUCGGAGGCUACUACUGCGGCAAGGUUGGCAAGAUCCUCACCAUCAAGCUUGCUCGCCGCAACAACGGAAUCUCGGAGUCGGAACACUCGCUGUGGCUAUUCGCCGCUUCAAUGUUUCUCGUGCCUUUCAGCAUGAUUCUUUACGGUCUGGGUGUGGCUUACCAUAUUCAUUGGAUUGGUCUCGUUAUCUCUCAGUUCACCCUCGCCAUCAACAAUGCACUGUCAGUCGCGGGUUCUCUGGGCUACGCCAUUGCCUCGUAUCCGCAGCUGUCUGGUGACAUGAUCACCACCUGCGUCAUCAUCCGCAACACGAUGAGCUUCGCGAUCAACUACGGUAUCACUCCCUGGCUGAACCACAUGGGCUAUCGCAAUACAUACAUCAUUGUUGGUGUCAUUGGCUUUGUUUGGAAUGCUAGCAUUUUUAUCAUGGCGAAAUAUGGUAGAACUAUGAGAGAGAAGAGCGCGAAGAGAUACUGGGAACACGUUGCCAAGGCACAUGCGAAGGGUUUGAGUCACUGA